UUGGCGUGCCAUAGCUAGCGCUAUCUCAUGUGGUUCCGGAAUGACCUUGACAGUGAUGAAGUAGAAUUCCAUUAGUUACGCCAUUUUAUUUCUACAUUUUCCCUUGGUUAUUUACUUUGGACAUUUUUACCUCAUUUCCUGUGACUGCAGUAUAAAUGUAUAUAGUAUAUGCGUGUGAAUAAAGAUAACCGUACAGCUGUAUACUAUGGAAGAAGACAUGGACGUGUCCACCACCACCCCACUCAGUACAAUGAAGGGUACUGUGCUAGUACACCCUAAGUACUUACAAAUUGUCGAUCAAGCCCAGGAAUCUGAUUUUGCUAUCCCAGUGAUCUAUCGGGCGGGAAUUAAUAAGGAACCAAUAGAUGAUUGGCUGGAGAAUCAUAAACCUUCCACCAUAUGCAGUUUUCUGAUUUUAUUUAGGAAUCAAGGUUUUGGGUGGAUUCAUAUUAUUAACCAGAGGAUUCCAAAAAACAUUGAGGGAGAUAUCGAAGGAUUAGAAGAUGCAUGGGAUGACUUACUAGCAUCAAAGAGAGAAGUUUGUAAAGAAAGAAUUUUUGAACUGGCUAAAAAUUUCCGAGUACUACCUGGAAAAUGGAUGUUCUGGGUUUCUCCUGGUGGAAAGGGAGACCACUUUUGGUCUUUGAUUGCUAAAGGUGUAGCGAGUGGAAAAACUCUAGCUACCCAUGCUAAAAUGAGUGCUUUAGAAGAGAAUACAAGUCAUGUUGUGUGCAUCUAUAAUGACAAUUUUCUUGAUGAAGAGGAAGUGUAUGAAAGUGAACGAACCAUUCGAAGCCUUGGAAUUAAAUGUUCUCUUCAUUACAAACCAGAUGUGUUCACUUACUUAGGCGUGUACGGAAUGAAUCCCUGGGGAAUAAGACCUACCAUCUACACUAGCUACUUUGAUAUUCUUAAAAAUCAAUCCAUUAUCAGAAAAAGGGAUGAACAUUUAGCCACUUGAAAAAUUGUAUCAUUUCAUAUGAUUAGAAUAUACAGGCACAAAAAAAACUACACGUGUUAUAACUAGAUUAGCCCAUUUUGCAAGUAGGUUUUUUGUUUGACAUGUAGUGAUAAUUUAAAGCAUUCUUGUCUCAUUUGAGCUGAAAACUCAAGUACCGGUAAGCUUUGUGUCGUCUGUAAACAUUUUGUAUUGUUCUUAUCUAUGGUUUAUUUAACACUCUACAAAAAGGAACUUUGGUAUAUCAAUCAACCUCUUCCUAAAAUAAACAAAGAAUUGCGAGA